GACAAACAAAACAUAUGAUUUUCGUCGUUUUUGGGUCUAGCAUUUUCGUUUAUUUACCGAAAAAUGUAAUUAAUUAAAUGAGUAUCAAUAUUGCUAUGGAUCUAACCAUAAUUAAACUGUCUAAGUGCAAAUUUAUCGCUAAGUACCUCGUAUAAAUGAGUAACAGGUUGUUGGUCAUCUUGGUAAUAAAGUUUCAUAAAUAGAAAAUGAGACUUAUAUCCUCAGUUAAGUUGCUGAAGCAACUUACAACUUUGCAUUGCUAUAAGGCAAACCAUGAUAGCUUAAACAUUAAAAGAUAUUUCUCAAUUCUGAGCUCAAAAAAUAUUAUUUACCAUAACACCAUUAAGCUAUCUAAUAUCUGUCUGUACUCUGAUGAUCAUAAAAAGCAAUUUGUUAAAAAGACAGAAGUUUUGAAAGAUGCAUUUGAACAUCGAAAAGAACAAUUGAAAGAUACAGAACAUAGAAUAAGGCAGAAAGGUGAGAAAAUCAUAAAAGAUAUAAAGCAUCAGAGGGAAGUCACUGGACAAAUCAUAAGGGAUAGAAAAGAUCACAUUGUGAAGGACAUUUUAGAGACUAAAGCAAAAGUUAAAGAACGUUUUGAAGAAGUUGUUGAGAAAGAAAAUAUUUAUACAAUCCCAAAUGUGCUCUGUGUAACAAGAAUAGUGAUGUCGCCAUACUUGGGCUAUGUCAUACUACAAGAUAAUUAUAACUUGGCUUUAGGACUUCUUGUCUUUGCUGGAGUUACAGAUAUGUUAGAUGGUUGGAUAGCAAGAACUUGGAAGGGACAGUCCACCAAGAUGGGUUCUUUCCUCGAUCCCAUGGCUGACAAGGUGCUGAUUGCAACUCUUUUCAUAUCACUAACUUGGCAGAACCUCAUCCCCCUUCCACUCACAAUGCUCAUAGUUGCCAGGGAUGUGGCACUGGUCAUAGCCGGAUUUGUGAUCAGAUACAUGAGUUUACCACCACCUAGGACACUCAGCAGGUACUUUGAUGUGACUCAUGCCACUGCUCAACUAGAGCCAACCCUCAUUAGCAAAGUGAACACCUUUAUACAACUUGUAUUGGUUGGCACAGCCCUGGCGUCCCCAGUGUUUGGCUUCGUGGACCACCCGGCCAUGACGGCGCUGUGCGGGGUCACCGCCGCCUCCACCGUGGCCUCCGCGGCCAGCUAUAUCAUCUCCAAGAACACAUACAAAUUCCUCAAAAAGAAAUCCUGAGACAAACACAUCUGUGACACACAGAUACUGCUAAAAGGAGUCUUCCCCCAAAAUGUACAUACAUAUAACGUUUGUAAUACAGAAUUAUGAGAUUUGUUUGGUUCUUAUCUGUACAGUGAAUUGUUUUAUAAGGGGUUUCAAUUAUAGACAGAUUUAUACAAAUA